UGAGAGCAUGGGGUGGUACUCCUUUACCGUCCUUGCAACUGUUGCUUUCUUCCUAGAAAUCUCACGCUUCUGCUGGUGUGCAACCUGCAUAGAAGCAGAAAGAUUGGCGCUUCUGGAGUUCAAAGACAGCCUCUCCGGCAACUUGAACCCGCUCGCUUCGUGGACAGGCAAAGAUUGCUGCCAAUGGGAAGGAGUCAGCUGCAACAACGGCACCGGAUAUGUUGUCAAGCUCGACCUCCGAAACCCGGUCUAUCCAGAUUCGCAUGGAUAUAUCCUUGAAGUUUCCGACCACUUGAAAGCCAACGCUGUCAACCCGUCUUUGCUGGAGUUGAAACAUUUGGAGUACUUGGACUUGAGCUGGAACGAUUUCAUGGGAAGCCAGAUUCCCACUUUCUUUGGUUCAAUGCAAAGAUUGCGAUAUCUUAAUCUUUCCAAUGCACGCUUUAAUGGGAUUGUUCCUGAUGAGCUUGGGAAUCUGUCUGGGCUGCAUGCUCUUGAUCUUAGCAGCGGUGCAAGCGAAUAUGAUUUUCAGCUGUCAGUCAGCAACCUCCAAUGGCUUUCCCGUCUUUCAGCUGUGACACGCCUUGACAUGAGCUGGGUGAACCUGCGGAACGCCUCUGACAUUGUUCAGGUACUCAACAAGCUUACCCUUUUGGCUGAUUUACGCUUGUCAUCGUGUGGACUUGGUGAUCAUCAUGUUAAUAUGUUCCAUGAUUAUGUCAAUUCCACGCUUCUUCAACACUUUGACGUUAGUGUAAACGCACUCCAAGGUCCUAUCCCUGAUAAUAUUAGGCACAUGACUGCGCUCAAAGUCCUUGAUCUUUCUGCCAAUCUCUUUGGUUUUACAAUUCCUCCAUGGUUGAGUAGCCUGGAAAGCCUUGUGCAGCUCAAUCUUGGCUUUAAUAAUUUAACUGGGGAGAUUCCAAAUGCUUUGGGAAAUCUCAGUUCUCUCGUACUCCUAGACCUGUCGUUUAACUCGUUAGAGGGAGGGAUACCAAGUUCUUUGUGGAAUCUUUGUAGCUUGAAAGUGUUGGAUUUAACCAUGAACAGGUUAAACGAAACAAUAGCAGAGCCUUCUAAAGAUGCUUCUGGGUGCAUUGGGAGCAGUCUAGAGAAACUGGGUUUGAGAUGGAACAGGCUUAUAAGUCCUUUGCCUGAUUGGUUUUCACAGUUUUCGAACCUAAAAGUCCUUGAUCUCGCCAACAACUCAUUCUAUGGUCCCAUUCCAGCAUCAUAUGGGACUUUGACCAACUUGAGAAUGUUGGAUUUUUCUCAUAAUCGUCUAAAUGGAACAGUUCCAGAAUCAUUUGGGCAACUUUCUCUGCUUGAGAAAUUACUCAUGAACACCAAUUUCUUGCGAGGAACCAUGACAGAAGCCCACCUUGCCAACCUCUCAAGAUUAGAAGAAUUAGACAUUGGUGUCAACUCUUUGGAUUUGAGAAUAAAAUCUGACUGGUUGCCCCAAUUUCAAGUCAAUUACAUAAACAUGAGAUCUUGCAAUAUUGGUCCUCAAUUUCCUUCUUGGCUCCGGAUGCAAAAAAGGGUCAUUACCUUGUAUCUCUCCAAUACAAGCAUAGCAGAUGUUCUGCCGCAGUGGCUUCCGAACCUCAACUUUUCCUAUUUGGACCUAUCCUUGAACCAGAUCAGUGGCAGGCUGCCAACAUUUUCCAAACCAGAUUCUUUCUACAUGAAUCUUUACUUGAGUAACAACAAAUUUGAAGGCCCCUUGCCAACUUUUCCUUCUAUUCUAAAUAGGUUGGAUCUCACUAACAACUUAAUUUCUGGUCCAAUUCCAGAAGAUAUUGGCAGCAUGACGCCUACACUGGACAAUUUACUUCUCUCUGGCAAUCAAAUAACCGGUUCUAUCCCAGACUCAUUGUGCAAAAUAAAUACCCUGCGAGUUCUUGAUCUCUCCAAAAACAUGCUAUUUGGUGACAUCCCAGAUUGUUGGAGCGACUUCAAGAUUUUGGUUGUUCUAGACUUUUCGGUCAACAAUUUUUCUGGGGUCAUCCCAUCCUCAAUUGGAAAUGCAACCUCGCUGCAGUCUUUGCAUUUGAGCAACAACAGUCUUUGGGGAGAGCUGCCGUCGUCCUUGAGAAAUUGUACAAGCAUGGUUAUUUUCGAUGGUGGUGAAAAUGGAUUAUCCGGAAAUAUACCUAGAUGGAUUGGAGAGAGCAUGUUGAACCUUGAAAUUCUUCGCCUACGAUCAAAUAAGUUUGAGGGCACUAUUCCUUCAGAAAUAUGUCACCUUAUUGAGCUUCGGGUGCUUGACCUUGCAGACAACAAUCUACCAGGAACAAUCCCUGUAUGCUUUGGCAAUUUGAAGGGCAUGACUUCAGGGUAUGCAACAACAAGUGACAUUGGUCUGUACAAAUGGUCAACUACUUAUGGAGAAAACAUGGUUCAGUUCAUGAAAGGGAAACAGCUUGAGUACACCAAGACACUCAAGUACCUAAUUAACAUGGAUCUUUCCAAUAAUAAACUGAUCGGAACUAUCCCGGAGGAGUUAACAAGCCUUGCAGGACUACACGGCUUGAACUUGUCCAAUAACCAUUUGACAGGGAACAUCCCUGCCAUGAUUGGCAAGAUAACGGCAUUGGAGUCUUUGGACUUUUCAAGAAACCAGCUCUCUGGCGUAAUUCCACAAACAAUGUCUGUGCUAACUUCUCUAAGCCAUUUGAACUUGUCCUACAACGACCUGUCGGGACAAAUUCCAUCAGGCAGUCAGCUGCAGACCUUUGCUAAUUCCAGUUACAUUGGCAACCAUCAACUCUGUGGCUUUCCACUAUCCAAGUGUGCAAGCUCUGAGCCGCCGCCGCCGCCUCAAGCUGACAGCGGAGCAGGAAAUGAAUCUGAAAUAGAAGGGUUGUACAUCUCCAUGUCUGCAGGGUAUGUGAGUGCACUAUGGGGAGUUCUUGGUGUCAUGAUGUACAAGAAGAAAUGGAGGGAAGCUUAUUUCAGCUUCGUGGAUAACGUCAAGGAGAGGACAAUUUCAGUCUUUAAAGAGAAGGUAGCCACGCCAAAUAGAACGUCCAGGAGCAACCCAAUAGAAUGGAGCUGGUGAAGGAACAUUGAGGAAUGGAUGGAGAUACAAGGUGAAGAUCCUUGGUGAAUGGUGAAGUGAAGACAGUUUUUCAACUAUCAAUGUAGUAGCUACUGUAGUGUGUGCCAAAAUUCUAAAUAAACAAAAAAGAGUAUACUUUUUUGAUAGAUAAGGAUUUCCUAUAGUUAGCUUGCUCUUUAGCUCCUUCGUACUGUUUGUGGUUUGAGUAGACAAUAUAUGUAGGAUUAAAGAUGUUUAUACAAUUUUCAGUAUGGUGACAUAUUGCUUGA